CCCGCCCGCCCGCCCGGUUCCUCCACACCCGCCCGCCUCGGCAGGAUAGGGCGGAACCGCGCCGGCGUCUGACAGCUGCAGUCUCCCAUACUUGGACCCGACUCCCCGUUCCGCAAACCUAGCGCCACGGCCGGCCGCGGCAGAGGAUGAAAGGGUACUGGCUCCAGUGAGCGAGCGCAUCAGCGAUGACCGGGGAAGCGGUCGCGGGCACCGGUCCGAACGGACGCCCGAAGGCCCGGCGGCGGCUGCUGCGGCUGCUGCUGCCCGGGAGGCGAUGGGGGACCUAUGGCGGCGGCUGUUUCCGGAGCCUCCGCUGGUUGUCGGCCUUCCCGGCGGGUGUCCGAGGGCUGCCCUCCGGCUUCUCCGUGGGCCUUGGCAGUCUGUCGCGCGCCUCCCCGCUGCUGUUUCUCUUCCUCGUGCCUUCCCCUCGGCUGGUGGCGACGGCGACCCCGCGCCGUCACCUGGGAGACUGGGAGCGCUCGCGCCGGAGGCCUAGCGAGACCAUCGGGAGCCGGAGCCCGGCGGAGGAGCCUGCUCGCCUGCCCCCGCCGGCCGCCGCCGCCCCGGAGCCGCACUCCCCGGGUACGGGGCUGGGCGGCGGUGGCCGGGUGCGGUGGCCCGUGUCGUGCCUCGUCCCCGGCGGAGCCGGUCCCCUGCACCCGUGCAGUUUCCUAGUGUGGGCUCCUUCGAGGAGAGAUCUGUGCAUUUCUGCUAGGUCACAACAAGAAGCAAAAAAAUUACCUUGGUUCUCCUCAGGAAAUAAGAAACUCUACUUUGAUACCCAUGCUGUGGUGCGUCUUCUGGAGGAAAAAGGAUUUACCACUCAACAAGCAGAAAUCAUUGUCUCUGCAUUAGUGAAGAUCAUGAACAACAAUAUGGAGGUUGUCAGCAAGGAUAUGGUCACCAAGGUGCAUCAGGAGAUCACUGUACAGCAGAUAAUGUCUCAGAUUGCGGGUGUCAAAAAGGAUAUGAUCAUUUUAGAAAAGAGUGAAUUUUCAACCCUCAGAGCAGAAAAUGAGAAAUUAAUACUUGAACUCCAGCAGUUAAAACAGCGAAUGAUGGAUGAAAUACUUAAAGUCCGAGCAGAUAAUAAAUUGGAUUUCAACCUAGAAAAGAGCAGAGUAAAAGAAUUGUAUGCAUUGAAUGAAAGGAAGCUACUUGAAGUGAGAUCAGAAGUAUUAACAUUGCAAGCACAACAACUCCGGGCUCUUACUCAGACAGAGAGAAAGAUAGAUACUGAAGUUGCUGGUCUGAAAACUAUGCUUGAAUCACACAAGCUUGAUAAUAUUAAAUAUUUAGCAGGUUCUAUAUUUACAUGCCUAACGGUAGCUUUGGGAUUUUAUCGUCUAUGGAUUUAAGUGCCUCCUUAAAGGAACCUGUCUUGUCUUGCCUUAAGAAUAUAAGGUUAUUAAUUUUUCCUUGUUUCACAUGUUAACCUUGGUUUUUAUUUUAUUUAUGCUAUUUUUAUGCAAAUUAUGAUUUUUACUGACUUGAAAGUGCCAGGGAAUACAUUUUGUGGCUCUUUAUCUUUUUGAAAUUUUUUGAUCUCACUGAUAUAUUUGUGAAGAAGAUACCAUUGGCUGAAGUAUUGAAGAACCUACUCACUUUGACGAGAGUGAUGUUUUCCUUUCAUAUUCUUUGAGGACUUUACUAUUAAAAAAUCAUGAUGGUUUUAUGAGUGACAAAGAAUCACAGACUAAUCCAGAAUCACAAAAUUUCUUUCUUGACCCAAGCUUCUAGCAGUGAAUAUAUUUUAGUGCACUGUACCACUCUGUUUUUAUUUCAGUGCAGUUUGCUGAAACCUGGGGUUGAUUGUCAUAUUCACUAAACAAUUUAAUUAAUGUAGUAUUUGCUGUGACAUCUAACCAGAAAAUCAUGUUGACUAACAGAGGAUGUUGGCAUAGUUUGGAAUUGUUUCUUCUAUCUCUUGAAGUACUCUGGAGUUUUCUUUUCUUCUUCUUUCCAUAUUUUUCAAUGGCGUGCCUAGGGAACUAAUACUCUAAUUUUCUAGUGACCUUGAUAAAGGAUUCUUUGAUAGCAUUUAAUGUCUUCACAGUUUUUUAGUUUUCCAUCCUAACUUGGAAUCUUAUUGUUCCAAUAUUUUUUUUCCUUUAAAUGUUUUGCCCCUACAUCUAAGGAUUAGGAAAGCUUGGAAUAUUUUACAUCCAUUAUUUCAUUUUUUAGAGCUUUCUAGCCAGAAUGCCUUGCAAAAUCUUUUCUAUUCUAGCCUCAGGAAGCUCUAGCCUGUGCAACUGACUGCAACUGAACAGAACAGAACUCUGCCCUACCUAGGGAAAAAAAAAACUGGAUUGUCAUAAUUUCAGAGAAUAGGGGUGAGAGGUAGUAGAGAGCAAAUUGUAGAGUCAUUGUAUCUCCUCUAACUGUAAUGUCUGGAUGUAUACACAUAAAAAAAUCUUGCUCUGAUUAGAUAACUAUUGAAAAUAAAGACCUAGAAAACAGCAGCAUAGAUGUCUCUAGAAUCUAGGGUACGACAUAAAACAAAACACUUAAAAUGAAUACUGAUUUACUAAGUUUUGCUUUCUUUUUGAUGUGGGGUAUGUUUGUGAAUAUUUCAGUCUUUAUUAGGGUGGCAUGGGAGGGAUCUUUUCCAGUCAUGUCUUUAGAAAUAGAGAUAUAACCAAGACAGCCAAAAACCAUUUAUCACUCUUUUAAUCUUCCACUAAUGUGUCACCUGUUAGUAUAUUUUAUAGAAUUUCUCCUUUGGAAGCAGUGUUUCAGUUUAAAUUACUAUGUUCUUUUUAUUAUCACAGCUGGAUGUCUACUUUAAUAUCUAGUAAAGGAGUAUGAAUGUAUCCAUUGUUUCCUUCAAGUGUUUUAAAUACCUCUUUUGAGAAACAAGUCAGAGGAGAGGGAUUUUACUGAAACUAGAAGUGUGAUUGGAAUUUGACAUUAAAGAUUUCAUCAAAGUAAAAUCCUGAAUGCUUUUUCUGAGCAAUAGUCAAUAUCUCCAGCUUUAACCUGGCUUCUCUCUCCUAUUACUUCCGAAGAUGUUCUUUGCUCCUUGUUUUUAUACUUUGAUAAUUUCACAAAUCUGUUAUUUCACUGAUGUGAACUCUCCACCAAUGACAUAAAUGAAUGGGUUUUAUCUAAAAUUUGUUUCUUAUCUAGCACCUGGCACAGUGCUCUAUGCAAAUUAGGUGUUCAGUAAAUGUUGCUUGAAUUUAAUCAAAAUAUAUAACAGAUACUUCCUCAGUUGUCUUAUCUCCUUCCCCCACCCCAGCACUUCUGCCCUAUAAUUAACCCAUGUCAGUAUUGACAGAUACUUUUAUUAUUAUUCCUUUGAGUCACAUGGAACUCUUAUAAAAGUAUUUCUGUCAUCUUAUUUUUUAAACAUCUGAGGACCCCCUGAACUAGGUCUUAAAUUGAUCAAGUCUUUUUAAAUAAUUUAGCACAAAAGUUGGUGAUACUAGAACAAAAGUGUAUUUUUGGAAACAACUCUUUCAUUUAUGUAUAUGACUUGUCUCUUACUCUUUGGGGUCUCUUAUAUGUAUACUAUUUAAAACAAAUUGUCUUUUUCCAUUUCUAAAUAAUUUCUUAACUAUAUUAUUCAGUGAUGUUCAAUUAAAUUUAAAUAUAUAAAGAGGGGAAACAACCUUUGUAAUAGAAAGCAUGAAUAUUUUUUAAUAUUUAAAAUAAAAUACUUGGACAACA